UGGAAGCCAGCUGAAUCCGGGGGCCAAAGCUAAGAUUCCCUGAGGGCCAGAUCUGCAGGGUACUGGGUCCUGGGGGCCUAAAAGGUGCAGAACUGUAGUGCUUCGGUAACACUGAGCUGCUAGGAGGGCGGCAGUGAGGUGCAGGUCCCCAGCUCCCCAAGAAAACAGGCGCGCUCCCGCGCAUUGGGCGGGAAUCGUGGGGGACGCGGAGGGGCGGGCGCGCACCCCGCGGAAGGGCGGGGGCGGAGGAGGCGGAGGAGGCGUCUCUGCAGCGCGGCCCCGCGCACCGCGCCAGACCCAGACGGAGCUUCGCGGUGGCCGCAGCAACAGGCGGCGGGCUGGGCUCAGGGGCGGAGGCGGCGAAGGGGCGGGAGGCCGGCAGCAGCAACCGGGCCCCGCCGCAUGGACGAGCACCUCAGCCUCCUGUGCUCGCCGCCGCAGCCCCCCGCCGGCCACCGCGCCCACCCGCCCCAGGACUCCGCCGGCGGCGGCGGCGGCGCCCACACACUGGUGAACCCCGGCUGCGCGGAGCCCGCCGCAGGCCCCGAGGCGCCGCCCGACAUGACCGUGGUGCCCGGGGACCACCUGCCGGAGCCCGAGGCGGUGGACGGCGGCGGGGGCCCGCCUCGAGGCGGCGGCGGCGGUGCAGGGGGCUGCGACCGCUACGAGCCGCUGCAGCCCGCGCUCCCGGCCGCCGGCGAGCAGGACUGCUGCGGGGAGCGCGUGGUCAUCAACAUCUCGGGGCUGCGCUUCGAGACGCAGCUCAAGACCCUCUGCCAGUUCCCCGAGACGCUGCUGGGCGACCCCAAGCGGCGCAUGCGGUACUUCGACCCGCUCCGCAACGAGUACUUCUUUGACCGCAACCGGCCUAGCUUCGACGCCAUCCUUUACUACUACCAGUCCGGGGGCCGCAUCCGCCGGCCGGUCAACGUGCCCAUCGACAUCUUCUCGGAGGAGAUCCGCUUCUACCAGCUGGGCGAGGAGGCCAUGGAAAAGUUCCGUGAGGACGAGGGCUUCCUGCGGGAGGAGGAGCGGCCCCUGCCCCGCCGCGACUUCCAGCGCCAGGUGUGGCUGCUGUUCGAGUACCCCGAGAGCUCCGGGCCGGCCCGGGGCAUCGCCAUCGUGUCCGUGCUGGUCAUCCUCAUCUCCAUCGUCAUCUUCUGCCUAGAGACGCUGCCCGAGUUCCGAGAUGAGAAGGACUACCCAGCCUCGCCAUCGCAGGAUGCCUUCGAGUCAGCCAGCAACAGCACGUCGGGGCCCCCCGGGGGAGCCUCCAGCUUCUCAGAUCCCUUUUUCGUAGUGGAGACCCUGUGCAUCAUCUGGUUCUCUUUUGAGCUGCUGGUGCGUUUUUUCGCUUGCCCCAGCAAAGCCACCUUCUCAAGAAAUAUCAUGAACUUAAUAGAUAUUGUGGCCAUUAUUCCUUAUUUUAUUACUCUGGGCACCGAGCUGGCUGAGCGACAGGGCAACGGACAGCAGGCCAUGUCCCUGGCCAUCCUCAGGGUCAUCCGUCUGGUGAGGGUCUUCCGCAUUUUCAAGCUCUCCCGUCACUCCAAAGGGCUGCAGAUCUUGGGGCAGACAUUGAAGGCUUCCAUGCGAGAGUUGGGCUUGCUCAUCUUUUUCCUCUUUAUUGGGGUUAUCCUUUUCUCCAGCGCGGUCUACUUUGCGGAGGCAGAUGACCCCACUUCGGGUUUUAGCAGUAUCCCAGAUGCCUUUUGGUGGGCAGUGGUCACCAUGACAACAGUUGGUUAUGGUGAUAUGCACCCAGUGACCAUUGGGGGCAAGAUUGUGGGCUCUCUUUGUGCCAUCGCGGGUGUCUUGACCAUUGCAUUGCCAGUUCCUGUGAUUGUUUCCAACUUCAAUUACUUCUACCACCGGGAGACCGAAGGGGAAGAGCAAGCCCAGUACAUGCACGUUGGAAGUUGCCAGCACCUCUCCUCCUCAGCAGAGGAGCUCCGAAAAGCACGGAGUAACUCGACUCUGAGUAAGUCGGAGUAUAUGGUAAUAGAAGAGGGGGGUAUGAAUCACAGCACUUUCCCCCAGACCCCUUUCAAAACGGGCAAUUCCACUGCCACCUGCACCACGAACAAUAAUCCCAAUUCCUGUGUCAACAUCAAAAAGAUAUUCACCGAUGUUUAAUAUAUGAUACAAGUGACACACUGUGCACAUUGUUCUCUGAAAUGUGCCCCCUGGUCUGUGUAUGCCCUUAUUUUAUACAUUUCCAGACCAUCCAUCGAGGAAAGGACAUGAAGAAGAGGGAAGCACACUUCAUUCUCCCUCUCCCUAGUGCUUCAUACUGAAACAGGUGCCUGUUUUGCAAGUGGGCUGCAUUCUCUCAGCUCUUUUUUUUUCCCCGUCUUAAUUUUGUGAACAAAAAGUUACAUUAAACUUGAUUUCUAGCACAUGUCCUAUUUUUUUAAAUAAAGUACACCCUGGGAGGAAAUGAAACUAAAGGACAGUUAGACUGCAGAGUAACUGUUUAAAUUCAAAAUUAAAAGGUAGUUGGAUUCUUUACUAAGUAAAGUGAGCGAAUACUUAAGUGAUUAUUUUAGUGGACACUGUAACAUUUUAUCGAGUGUUUAGUUCAAUUGCCUACUCUCGAAAUAUGGAUGGAAGAUCAACUAAAACAAUGACUGUAAGCUUAUAUGGUUUUUGACUGGAGUUUCUGUUUCAGUCCUCCUCUUCCGGCGUCUUACGGGUCUGAACAGCUUUGAACAAAGGGAAAUGCCCAAAACAUCCUGAUCUGACUAAUGGUUUGGAACUUGCUAAGCAUUUUGCAAGUAUUAGACUAAAAGAUUUCAGUCAAGUUCUGUGUAUAUGUCCCAGCUAACAUCUUUCAAAGUCUAGAAACAGAUGUUUUCAGUGCUGCUGAGAGAAACAACAAAAAAAUUCCUAAUGCAUCUGAGAUAAGCUGCUGCAGUAUCACAAGAAGAUUAAAGUGGCAGACACCCCUUCCAGCGGAAGUUACUAAUUCGGACCUGGCUGAUGCAGUUUCUAUAGCAACCCAUGUUUCCUGGGAAACCCGAAAAAGGUUGUCAUGGCAUCUCUUGCUCCCUAGCCCCACCCCCAGCCCUUGCUGUUUCCACAGUAACCUUUCCAGAUGGUUCUUACUUACAUGAUUUCAUAAGGGAAACUACUAUUUGAAGAAACCGCACAAAUAAAGUUAAGUGUGAGAAUCUAAGAAGGUGAAAGAGUUGCCAAAUGCAUUUUUUCUUAUGAACAGCAUUGAUGCUAUCCCAUAAUGUCUGAAUUGACAAGGAAAAUACCAUCUUUGGAAUGUUACAUGCAAACCACAAUAAAGCAUGAUACGAAUUAAAUGCCAGUUUUUAGGCAAUAAUUUUAAAAGAUGCUCUCUACAGUUUUCUUUCUCCGAGAAGUGAUGACAACAAAAUCUACCAUAAAAGUGUCCUGUAUAUAAGCAAAUGAGAAAUUCAGUGUAUCUGAAAUCUUACUAGAAGGGACCUUUAGACUUCCUUGUGAAAAUAAAAUGCAGCUCCUGCAAAAAGACUGUCACCAUUACAGCACUUGAAAAACAAAAUAAGCAAAUAUAUAAAGGAUGCUCAUUUUUAACGGAAGGAAUUACAAUCAGUGGAAGGAAGAGUAGAAGUAACCAGAUCUUAAAGGAACAUCUGCAAGUUUCAGCUAUGUACAAGGGUUGCCAGCAGACAGACAGAAUCAGUCACCCAUGUCCUGGACAUUUGUCAGUUCUCCUAGAUCCUUGAAGAGCCCCACAUGAGCAGUAGAGCCGCCUUAACCAGUAAGAUGCUAAGUUUUCAUUUACCUGGACCAAGAAUUCAGUAGCAGUUUUUACAUCACUGAUGAGCAGGGAUCUGUCUGCCAGCACAUAUUUUUAUUUCCGUUUACAUUAAAUAAUGAUUUAUAUUAAGAAAACAGCUUGAAGCUGAAGGAUUCUCUUCAUCUUGUGUGCAGCAUGAAAGCUAUUACUCAAGAGACAAAGAAUGUUAAAAAUAUUAAGGUAUAACAAUCUGAUGUUGUAAUAAAAUCUAAUCACGUAAAAACUAUAAUCAGUGUUGAAGAUAAGGAAAGCCUAGAUAUUUGUUUCUAAUAAACCAACUAAUACUGUCUUAUUUUUUAAAUUAAUUAUUGAACUGUAUUUAAUAAUGAGACAUAUUCAUGUCAUUCUCAGUGUUCUGGUUAUGUGCAACUUUACUUUUGAAGGUAUGUUCUGUACCAAAGGCCCCCAUGAAUAGCUUAGCCCACUUAUACAUAAGUAAAGGCGUCACUGUGCCCAGAAUGAUAUUAAUGAUAGACUUGCCUAAAAGAAAUGUGCCUUGCUUGAUUAAACAUUCUUUUAUUUUUUAAUUUAAAAUAUUUAUUAGUUUUAGAGAUAGAUUUUAGCUUACCUUAACUUUACAAAAUAUAUUAGUACUUAUUAUAUGUUUAUCUAUAUUAACUAAAAUUUUAACAUUUAGUUAUACUUUUAAACAGUUCAUGUAUGAUAAUUCAAUUUGAUUUUCAUGGGAUGUUUGAUGGGUGAGACAAAGCACAUUCUUAAAGAUAUGUAUACUAUGUCAGCUAAUGUCUAUAGCUUUUCCUUCGAGAUUAUAUGUGUAAAAGAUUCCUUGACUCGUUUUCUAUUUUUAUAUUCUUUUAGAAAUGGAACUCUUUUUCAAUUAAAAAGGCAAAAUUUUAAUUGGAAAAGCUAUUUAGGGUGUCAUAAAGAUGUUUUCCCACUUUGGGACAUUCACUUCUGUGCCAUUAUUAAUGUAUUUACUGUGACAUUUCAGCAUAAUGGUAGCUAUUUGUAUAUUAUUUCAUAAGCCUUAUGGAAAGUCAAACUGUGAACAUAUAGUAUAUAGAAGACCUUUUUCAUUUCUGUAUCUGAUUUUCAAAAUAUACCUGAACAAAUGCAAUGUCCUAUUGUUUAAAUGAAUAACAAUGCUAAAUUAUAAUUAGAGUUCUUGCGUAGUUUUAAUUACUAUAAAAUAUUUCAGGUGCAAAGUCAAGAUUAUAAACUUUUUGAUGCCUUUAGAAGGUAAUACAAGUGAUGAAUUUAAUACAUAGGAAUCAUUAAAUAAACAAUUAUUCACCUAAUGGCAACAAAACAUGUGAAUAGGAGAUACAAUCCAGGUAACUUUCUUUGAGGCAAUGUCUACAGUAAAUGUUUCAUAACCUUCUGCUAAUUUCAUGUGGUCAAAACUUGUAGACCAGAUCACUAUAGGAUAAAAUGAGAUAAAGGAAUGAGAACUAGCUCUUAUUUGAGCUAUAGGAAUCUCCAAUGGAGAUGGUUUGUAGUUAAAGUGAAAGUAUAGGCACACUUUGUUUUUAUUUGGUGUUAGCCCAUGUGGUAGAGAUACUGGCCCAGGGAAUAGUCAAAUUACAGCCAACUUAAUCCUUUUAUCUGGUUAUCAUAGCCUGGAAUGAUUGAAACAAGCCGAUGAACUGUGCUACAAGAGGUCUUAGAUAUGCAGAGGUAUUAGUAAGGAUCAGUAGGCAUAAAAUCUACCCUCAUAAAGCACCAAUAAUACCAUUUUAAUCAUUUUGGUACAUUUAGUAUCAUAUCUGCAUUAUUACUACAGGCCUCAGUUUUAAUAAAUACAAAACCUGGAUACUCACAAGGAAAUCACAGAAUUAUAUCAGAUAAGUAACCAAAGACAUUUACAAAAUGGGUAGUGAACAAAAUACUCACCUAAGUAAUAGAAGGCCAGAAGUCUUACCUACUUCCUAUCUAUGGGACCCUAAGGAAAUCAGUUACCAUAGCUAGGCUCCAGUUUUUUCAAUUACAAAAUGGAUAUGCUGAGUUGAAUAAUCUCCAAGCCCUGCAGGCCUCAAACCUAUUAUGUACAUUUCCUGAAAAAUACUUUGAACGAUACUUACACACUCAGCUUUCCAGAUGCAUUUCUAAAGAAGAGAAUGAAGUGAAAUAAUAUUUAAGCCUUAAAAGUGUCUUAAAUUUAUCAUUCUUCAAAUUGGUUGUGAGAAGAGAAGAGAAGAUUGUUUCUCCUCAAAGAAUUUUCCCUUAUCUACAGUGGGGUCAUGAAAAAAUAAAAAACUCACUUCAGAAGGAAAACAGACCAGUGGAAUCACUAGAAAUAAAGGGAGAAUAGUUGUUAAAUUUAGUUAGGUGUUAAAGUGGCUAGCCAGUUGCAUAUGAGAUGCCAAAAUUUUAUUGCACACUCAACAUUAUAAUCCUGGGAGUAGGGGAAAGUGGGAAAACAUUGAGCAAUAGAAGUGUUUGCAUUAUGGUCUCUUGAUUCUUUUCACACUAGAGAGCUUAAGCAGGUGUCUGUACUGUAGUGCUGACUCUGCCAAUUAUAAGUCUUAUGUCCCCAGGAAAGUCCCUUUAACUUCUCAGAGCUUCGGUUUCAUUUUCUGCAAAGUGGAAAUUUUAAAUUCAGUAAUCAGUUUCUUACCAUUUAAAAAGAUUAUAUAACAUUUUCAAAUUUUCAUAAUAUAUGGAUACAUGUGCCAGUUGUCCCCUGUCCCAGUUACUAACAUGUUAUCUAUGUCUUCUCAAAGGACUGAAUAGAUUAAAAAUUGAAAUGUUCAUAUUUCUAUUAUUACUAAUUGGCCUUAGACAUAAAAAUGUCAAAUAGUAUUUUCAUCUGACUGUGACUUAACUAUUAUGAUUUAUCUUUUCAUCUUUGAAUAGUUAUUUAUACAAAAUGUCUUUUAAAGUUAAUAUUUCUCUUUAAAUUUUUGUGGGUUAAAAACUCACAGCAAACAAGACUCAGUAUGUUUUGCUUACCAAUGAACUAUAGCUGAUUGUAACGUACACUUUUUUUGUACCCGGGGUCAAACUCACGACCUUUUGCUUACCAGGCAAGCACUUGAGCCACUGAGCUAAAUCCCUGGGUCCUGUAAAGUACAUUUUUGUCACAUUUAAGUUUAAUGCUCUUUUGGAGCCAGAAGAAAUGACUAGUAAACUAAUACUCAUAAAAUUUUAUGGUUUUUUUAAUACAAAGGAGGCUAGAUAGAGCCAUAUCAUAAUCAAGUUUGCUCAGGAGUGAGAAACAAAAUUCAGGGAUAGCCCAAACACUUUUGUUUGGCAAUAAUGGACAGUUGAGACAAAAAGGUUACAGCUUUUGCACAACAAAGAUAACAGGUGAUUACACCAAUUGAAAAACAGGAGUAUAUUCUGGUUACUGGUUGUAUGAUAAAAGAGAUUAGAUAAAAGAGUGCUAGAAUUUGGAACACUAGAGAAAUUAUUAAAAUGAUAGCAGUCCAUUUGAAUGAUACAGAAAUAUUUUGUCAUACUGAAAUUAUUCAUCCAGAGAUUCAGUGUUAUAUUCCUUGCAUUCAGAAAAGGGGGCGACUUUUAAAGGCCUCUGUCAUAAUCAAAAUGUAUAUUUUGACUAAUGGAGCAAUUAAACAUUUAACCUAAUCAUUUGACUUUAUGAAUCUGAAUUUUCAGGUUUAGCUGUGAUUGAAUCUCUCAUGUAUUAGUGUUAGUGAUAUUUGUGAAAAGUGAUUUUGUCGUUGUAAAGUUUAUGAAAUAUGCUAAGUGGUGAUUCUAGCAUAUCGUAAUAAUACUGUAUCUUACAAUCAUUUGUGAAGUUACCAUACCAAACAAACCAUAGUAGUAUCUCUUCUGGUAAAUUGUCUCUGGUGUGAUCUCUUAUUGCUGGGUUUGGGGUGGGGGAGGUUAAGUAUUUAGUUUACUUAAAAUUGUCAAAAUGUUUUUCUUAAAUGCCAUACAAUUGUAUACCUAUAAACCAAAUAUCUUCUUUUUUUUCAAUUUUAAGGAAACUGUAUAGACCAUUUUUAACUAUUCCAUAAAAUGAUAUCAUUUAUGUUUAAAAAUUCUUACACAUAUUUAUAUAUACACAAAAGGGAAAGCAAACAGUGUAGUUUUUUGUGUAAUGUAGUAUCAUAACUUUUUUAAUUAUAUAGAUAUUAAUUUCACAGCAUCAUAAUAGUAGAUACACCAUCUUGUUUUUGCAAACAUCAUUCACAUAUUCUACUUAAACCCUACAACGACCACAUGAAAUACCAGUAUCACCCCCAAAACUUAGAGAUUGAACAGCCAAAGUUUAGUAAGGUCAUAUGGGUUGUCUAAGAAGAUUUGGUCAAUACGUGGCUCUCAAUCUCAAUUCUUUACACUAUUCAUCCUCUGUCAUGUGAACUUUAUCCUGUCAUUGCCAUUAUGUUUAAAACUUUGACUAAAAUUAUUUUUUAAAGAUACAUUGCAGAACUUCAGGUUCCUGAGUGAAAACUUCAGGUUCCUGAGUGUUAUUGCUGUCAAUCAUUUUUAGAUACUUAACUGUAGUUCUUCCAUGGGGUGAUAUCUAAACCUUUUCCACUUACAACAUUUUAAAUCCCCACACACUGACCUAAAACACCAGAUUUAUUUAACGCCAAAAUGCUAGACUAAAAAACAACGCUAAUUUUUCUCAUUUCCUUCUAGGAACAACAUUUAGACAAUAUGAUUCAGAGAGACAGAAAAACUAAAUGCAUCAUAGUAACCAUCUUUCAGCCUCUUUUGUUUUUUAUUACACAUGUGCAGUGAUUGAAGGACAGGAAAUGGGCAUUGUGGAUAAAUGUAUUAUUUUCUGUAUAAAUGUAUUGUUUCCUGUAGUCAUACAAAAAGAAUUGGUCAUCAAGAGUCAGAUAGCAGUGUUAAUGUUUAGAUAUAGUUAAAAUAUGUGGCAAAUUUUAAAAUGCAUAUAAGGAUUGCCCCAGAUAAAAUUAAAAUCUGAUGACAGCUUAGUUUAAAUAUCAAGAAUAUUCAUGUGUAAAUCCAUGAUAAAUAUUACCUUUUUAUCCUUUCACAAACAAUAGCUAGACACUGUUACUGCUUUCCCUUAUAAGUCAUACAGUUUGUAAAACAUUCUGUAGUUGUACUGAUUAGCAGUGUAAUGUUACUGUGAAUAUUCAAAUGAAAUGUGUGUAUGAUAUCAGAGUUUAAAAUUUUCUCAUCUUAUAUUUAGUUCUCAUCAAGUAAGUCAAAUGUGUUAUUUUGUAUGGAAUGAAUAUCAUUAAUAACAAAUAAUAGGAACUCUUACUACAAUGUAAAAUUGAGCCUACAUUUUAUAUUUUUUAUAAAUUCAUUUUGUUUUGACAUGGUUAAUUUAUCAUAUACCAAUGUAAAGUUACAAUCUUAUCCCCUGUUCUCUGAUGUUCUUGUCAUAAUAGUUUUGAGCCUUUCGUUAAGUAAUUUCAGUAAAUACAGUUUUGAUUUUGUGGUAUUUUCAUCUGAUCCACUUUUUUAAUUUGUCAUUGGAUUUAAAAUGUUUUGUCUGCAAAUGUUAUGUACCGAAUUCAAUAAAAGACCAAAAACAUA